AUGCUCAUCAAAUCUAUUCCCAUUCUCGUUCUUUUUUGGAUGGUAGUCCACGCUGCCCCGGUGAAAAAGAAAGGCACCAGCAGUAAUGCGGUGACACCUGCCCAACGACUCCCUGAUUCGGCCACAGAAGGAAAAUGUUCUGAUAAAGAUUUAUACUUGGUGAUGGCUCAAAGAUGGAUCCCUUCUGCUGGUUCAGGUGGGUUCAAAUUACACGGGAUCUGGGGUGAUAAAGCCACCGAGGAGACAUAUUUAGAAGUGCUCCUUGAUCAGAAUAAUAAUGGUGAUUUGCCAGUAUCCGAAGCCGAAUUGGCAGUACAGAUCACUGAUUUCUUAUCCUCAACUCAACUGAUCGAGUUUAAUACGUUCUGGCUCGGGAUUGGCUCACAGACUAAUCAACAGACAUGGGCACAUGAGAUAUUCAAACAUUCUCUAGAUUUCAAAAGUCUUGCCAAGACAUGUUAUGCUGAUACUUCGUGCUCUACAACUAAGAGAAAAAGAGAUGCCUUGAGUUCGUCCAGUUCCUCUACCUCAGAAGAAGAGGAAGAAGAAUAUGAAGACGGCGAUUCUUGUGAGCUCAGCAGUAGCAGUAGCAGUAGCAGCAGUGCCAGUUCCAGUUCCAGUUCCAGUUCCAGCACCAGCUCUACCAGCGCCAGUGAAGAGACUUCUACGGGCACCAGAACUGCUUCACAAAGUCAGACUGGGGAUUCUAGUGGAACGAGUAUAAAGGCAUCGAGUGAAUUGAUGAUUAAUACUGCUGGAAGUGCCAUGGAAACCGGUAAGACUAUCCAAGAAACCCAAAUGAUCACCAUCAAUACCGCGGGGAUUCUGAAAGCGUCCACUGGACAACUUGAAAUAGCCUCCACUGUCAAUUCAGGAGUCGCAACCUCAGUUCAUAUCAAUACUCCAGCUACCACCGUCCAUAUCGAUACUCCCGCUGCCACCGUCCAUAUUGCUUCCGAGACCGUGGAAAUUGCAACAAAAACCCAAAAUGCCAGAGAAACUGAAUCCACUAGAAAGAAACACGGCAGCAACGUCGAAUUGGAACGUCGUGGGAAAGGUAAGAAAGCCAGUGGGGUUUCUAUCGUUGACCAAGUGGUGGCAGCACAAAUCCUGGACUACGCACAGAUCGUUCAGAAGUUCUAUCCUGGUGGGAACAUAAAACCAGCGUAUAAUUACGAAUCAAGCAUCACCGCAAACGGAAUCAAACCAGGAACUUGGUAUCCUUUCCUGAGUUUUGCCUCUGCUUAUACUAUCGAUGCUAAUACCGGAGGUUACGAUCUUGCUUGCACCAGUGACGGGAGUGGGAAACAGGCGAUCGUCACCGAAGUUUUCCAGUAUUUCCUGUUGGAAGAGGCAGUUAAUAAGCAAGCGAUCUUUGACAAAGCAGAAAGCGCCACCCCUGUAGCAUCUAAUAACCUUUGCGCCACUGGCAGUUGGAAGAAUAAUUGUCUCUGUCUUCCGGUCUCCAAGGGCGCCAGCACCGGAUGUACUGCCAGGGCCACUUCUGGGGGUCAACAGUUGUGUGCAGGAUACUUGACCAUUUAG